UCAGUCAGCAAAUUGUCAAAUCAAUCUUAAUUUUUUCAAAGGGAAAUUAAUAUUGCGAAUUUAUGUUUUGCUGUUUACUUUUGCGACAUUAGUGUGUUCGUGCUAAUGCAUACAGCACCCGAAAUUGAAUUAAAUCAUUAACUAGAUAAUAGUUAAAGUGCGAAAAGGCUUACAUAGUUAAUUUAAUAUUAUAUUAUUGGAAAGCGAUAAAAUGACUUCAAUUUUCGAUCAACUGGAACAAGCUUCACAAAUUUCACAAAGAGCCGAACCCGUAUCUGAACCUAUGACAUCGUCAGGAUAUAUAACAAUGCAAAUGGAAGACAACACGCCCAUGUUCUCAAAGCAAAAGAUGAACUUCAACCCAUCUGAUCUCAUCACACAUGUUGCUGUGGCUAGCGACUAUCUCGUACUUGCUAUGGCCAAUGGAAAACUUUUUAGAUUGGAUUUAAAAAUGCCAGAUCAGCAUGAAGAAAUCCACUAUGCAAAAUUUGUACAACCUAACACAAAGCUGUCUAACAUAUUUCUGGACCCUCUUGGACAGCACUUGCUUUUGGCAUUCGCUGCAAGGAAUAAGGAAGGAAAUCCAGAACUUAUAUACCUGCACCGUUCCCGAAAUAAGCCCAAAUCUGUUAGCAAGUCACGGAAUUAUGAAGUAACAGAAGUUGGCUGGAAUUAUGAGAAUAAAUCAGUUACCACUACUGGGCCCAUACUAUUGGGAACAUCACAGGGACAUUUACUCGAAACAGAAUUAGAAGCUGAUAAUGAUAAAAUGUUUUCUGGCAGUCAGCAGUAUUGGAGACAAAUUUUCGAUAUUGGAAAAGGCACUGACACACCGAUAACUGGCAUCCAAUUUCAUAGAAUCAACAAUACAACAAAAUAUUUCAUAUUUGUAACAACACCAACAAGACUUUACCAGUUUAUUGGUAGUGCUGUGUUCACCGAUAACAAGCCUUCGCUGCAGACAAUUUUCUAUUCAUAUCUAACCACAACGGAGACAGGAUUCCAGGAGAUUCCAUCCACAUUGAAAUACUCUAAACUUCAAUUUUACUUUGAUAAAGAUAACACUCCAAAAACUUUUGCAUGGUUGACGGAGCCUGGAAUAUUCUAUGGACAGUUGGAUCCAACUUCCCAACAAAAUUCAAAUUCGCUCUUCACUCAAGGCGAGCUGAUAAAUUAUCCAGCAGAGAAGAUAGACACAAAAGACUUAGUGUCUGAAAAAUCUGACGCAGCCGAAAAGACACCGUUAGCUUUUGUGUUAACUGAAUUCCACGCUAUUCUUAUGUUUUCUGACAAAGUUAAAGCAGUUUCUCUUUUAAACCAAGAACUUGUAUACCAAGACACUUACUCGGAAGCUCAUGGAAAAUUAAAAAACAUCGUCAAAGAUCCGAUUCGAAGGACCAUUUGGGCGGUUACCGAUAAAGCUGUCUUUAGGUACAAAGUGAUUCGCGAGGAAAGAAAUGUAUGGAGAAUUUAUUCAGAUAAGGAGGAAUUCGAUUUAGCUAAACAGUAUUGUCACAAUAAUCCAGCUUUUAUAGACAUAAUAAACGUUAAACAAGCAGAAUUACUCUUCUCUAGAGGUGAAUAUGAGAAAAGCGUCGAAAUAUUUGCCGAGACGCAAUGUAGUUUUGAAACUGUAUGCCUCAAAUUUUUAGAAGUCAAUCAAACAAAUGCUCUAAAAUUUUAUUUAGCCAAACGAAUAGAUGCUCUCAAUGAAGACGAUAAGACUUUAAUUUCAAUGAUCGUUAUUUGGAUGACAGAGUUAUACCUGUCUCAACUUGGAUUCUUACGGCGGAAGGGGAAAGAAGAUUCCGAUGAAUACUGUCAGAUACAAAGCGACUUUGAAAUGUUUCUUUUACAACCUAAAGUGAUGAAUUGUAUGCAUCAUGUGAAAUCGGUUAUAUACGACUUAAUGGCUUCUCAUGGCGACAAACACAAUCUGAUCAAAUUGACUAUAAUCAAUGAAGAUUACGAGAACGUUAUAGAGCAAAAUAUUUACAAGAAAUCGUACUUGGAGGCUUUGAAAAUCUUGCAAGGGUUACGGAGACCGGAUUUGUACUAUCAAUUUGCACCUAUGCUAAUGGAGGCAGCACCAAAACACACCGUGGAUGCUCUCAUAUCGCAAGGCCAUAGUUUGACACCUUCGAAACUGUUGCCAGCUUUCCUUGGUUGCGAGAACGAUGAUAAGCAUGUAUUGGAAAUUAUAAGAUAUCUAGAGUAUAUAGUUCAGAACUUUAACGGGAAAGACAAGGCGAUACAUAAUUACUUAUUAACACUGUAUGCCGAGAGGAACAAGCCAGCAUUGAUGAGAUAUUUAUCCAGACAGGGACAGAGCUUGGAUAUGGUUAACUUCGAUGUACAUUAUGCUUUAAGGAUUUGUCGUGAGAAGAAUGUGCCGGAAGCAUGUGUGAAGCUGUCAGCACUGCUGGGUCUGUGGGAGGCGGCGGUGGAGCGCGCGCUGGAUGUAGAUGUGCCACUUGCCAAGAGUGUUGCCGCUAUGCCAGAGGACACUGAGAUGCAGCGGAGAUUGUGGCUCACUAUAGCUGAACAUGUUAUUACGAAAAACCAGGACUUAAAGGAAGCGAUGAGUUUAUUGCAAGAGUGUCCUCUCAUCAAAAUUGAAGACAUCCUGCCAUUCUUCAGCGAUGUGGUCACCAUAGAUCAUUUUAGAGAACCCAUUUGUCAGUCACUUCAAGAGUACAAUACACAAAUAGAAGACCUGAAGGCGGAAAUGGAAGAGGCUUCUAAAUCAGCGGAAUGUGUUCGCGAUGAGAUCCAGUCGUUCCGCAACCGCAGCGUGGUUGUGUCUGUGUCAGACGCGUGCUGCGCGUGCGCACUGGCGCUGCUGCUGCGCCCCUUCUACCUGUUUCCCUGCGCUCAUCGCUUCCACGCAGAUUGUCUGCUCACAGAGAUACAGCCAACACUCAGUCCAGCACGUCGCAACAAGCUGAGCGACUUGCAGAGACGUCUGUCAGUGUUGUCUAGCGCUGAGCUGGCUGCGGUGACUGCCAGCGGUCUGCCACUCAGAGAGGUCAUCCGCAACGAGAUAGAUGAUAUUGUUGCUAGUGAAUGCAUCUUCUGUGGUGAAUACAUGAUCGCAUGUAUAGAUAAACCUUUCAUCACAGACGAAGAUUGGGACAAAGUGAUGAAGGAAUGGGAGUAGGAAAAAUGAAAAUUAAUUCACAUUCUGUGCUGAUGAAGAUAAAUGAGCUGUUCUUGGUAAGAUUACUGAUGCUUAUGGACAGCCAUAACACUAUAGCA